ACAGGAUGAAAAAUUUAUUAAUAAUUUGUGGAAUUAUGAUGGUUAUCGUAGCUGUUUGGCAGUGUGAUGCACGUCCUGAACAUCAUAAUCAUCAUCAUCAUCAUCAUAAAGAUGAAAAUAAAACCGAAAAAAUUGUCGUGAAAUCUGAAAAUGGAAAAAUUUUAGUUGUGAAGGUGCCAAAAUCCAAAGUGAACGAGAAUAGAGACCGUCCAAAAUUGACGGUUGAUGAAGAUGGAAAUUCAAUUUUAAAACAUGGAAAGUCUGAAGUUGAAGUUGUGAAAAUUAAUAAUGGAAAGACUGGAAAGUUGAAAAAGAAGAAUGUCACACUAUCAGAAUCUUCAUCCAGUUCAAGAGAUAUUUAAGAUGAUUUGGUGUUUUCUUUUUGUCAGUGAAAUCGUUCAAUUAAGAAGGAAUUUUCAUUCUAAAACUUGAACGAACCUUA